AUGAAAAGAAAAUUUAUACUUGGCGUAUGCGCCAUGAAUACAAAAGUAGAAUCAACACCAAUGAAAUCAAUACUUAAAUUACUUGAAGAUUCCGGUGAUUUCAUUAUUAACAUUUUUCCAGAACAAAUGAUAUUAGAAGAAGAUGUUAUAAAUUGGCCAAUUGUAGAAUGUCUUAUAGCAUUUUAUUCACGUAAUUUUCCAUUAGAAAAGGCUAUAGAAUAUGUUAAAAUGUAUAAUCCUAUAAUUUUAAAUGAUUUAGAAAAAGAACGUAUAAUUAGAUCUAGAAUUGAAAUUUAUCGUGAAUUACAGGUUUGCGUUACGGCUUGUAGAAUACCACAUCCAAAUUAUAUAAUUGUUGAUCAUAUAUUAGUAAAAAAAGGUAUAUAUAAAUUUGAAGAACAAUAUGAUUAUAUAAUAUAUAAUGGUAUAAGAUUGAAUAAACCAUUUAUUGAGAAACCUAUAGAUUCAGAUGAUCAUAAUAAUUGGAUAUAUUAUCCAUUGAAUUCGGGUGGUGGUUGUAAGAAAUUAUUUCGUAAAAAUGGUGAUCGUAGUAGUAAUUAUUAUCCAGAAAUACAUAAUGUACGUCGUGACUCAAUAUAUAUCUAUCAAGAAUUUGUUAGUAAUUUUGGUACGGAUAUUAAAGUAUAUUCUGUUGGACCAUUAUUUGCACAUGCUGAAUCAAGAAAAUCACCAACAUUAGAUGGUAAAGUAGAUCGUUAUCCAGAUGGUAAAGAAAUAAGAUAUCCAGUAAUAUUAACAGGAAAAGAAAAGAUAAUAGCAUAUAGAAUUGUAGAUCAUUUUAAACAAUUAGUAUGUGGAUUUGAUAUAUUACGUACAUUUGAUGGUCCAUAUGUAUGUGAUGUUAAUGGUUGGUCAUUUGUUAAAAGAAAUUAUAAAUAUUUAAUUGAUUGUUCUAAUAUAUUAAGAAUUAUAUUAUUAUUAAAAUUACAAAAAAAAUUCAAUAUUAUUAUACCAAAUCUUGUACAAGAAAGACAAGUUGAUGAAAUCAUUAAAAAAACUUUUGCUGGUGUUAAAUCUUAUCAUAAAGAAGAAUUAUGUAGUGUUGUUGUUAUUAUGAGACAUGCUGAUCGGAAACCUAAAAAUAAACUUAAAUUCUAUACUAAAAAUUCAUAUAUUAUUAAUUAUUUUAAAGGUAUUACUUUACGGUGCUUGCUCCAACAGUAG